UUGCCGUGGCGACGCGCCCCCCCGCCGAUGACGCGAGCAGUGACGCAGAGGUGGGCGGGGCCCGGGGGCGGGCCCGGCUUGGCGGCGGCGGCGGCGAGGAAGGGACGGGGAAGGGAGGCGAGGCGCGGAGCCGGAGGAGCGGGCGGCAGGCAGGCAGGCAGCGGAGCGGGGAGCCGCCCGGGCAGCAUGGUGAUGGCCGAGCCCCGGCGGCUUCCCCCGGCUGCGCUGCUCCUGCAGCCGACGGUGGCGGCGACCCGCGGAGGGCCGGGCCCCGUCCGCGUCGGCUUCUACGAGAUCGAGGGCACCCUGGGCAAGGGCAACUUCGCCGUGGUCAAGCUGGGCCGCCACCGCAUCACGCGCAGCGAGGUGGCGAUAAAAAUCAUUGACAAAUCUCAGCUUGAUUCUGUGAACCUGGAGAAGAUUUAUCGUGAAGUGCAGAUAAUGAAAAUGCUGGACCACCCACACAUUAUCAAGCUUUAUCAGGUGAUGGAGACCAAAAGCAUGUUGUACCUCGUGACAGAAUAUGCCAAAAAUGGAGAAAUAUUUGAUUACCUUGCAAGCCAUGGCCGUUUGAGUGAAUCUGAGGCUAGGCGUAAAUUCUGGCAAAUCCUCUCUGCUGUUGAAUACUGUCACAACCGGAAGAUUGUGCACCGUGACCUCAAAGCAGAAAACCUCCUGCUUGAUAACAACAUGAAUAUCAAAAUAGCAGACUUUGGGUUUGGAAACUUCUACAAAAGUGGCGAGCCUCUGACAACGUGGUGUGGAAGCCCCCCGUAUGCAGCCCCUGAGGUCUUUGAAGGCCAGCAGUAUGAGGGUCCACAGCUGGAUAUUUGGAGCAUGGGGGUAGUCCUGUACGUCUUAGUCUGUGGAGCACUGCCUUUUGACGGACCGACGCUUCCCAUCCUGAGGCAACGCGUUCUGGAAGGGAGGUUCCGGAUCCCCUAUUUCAUGUCGGAAGAGUGUGAGCACCUUAUCCGGAGGAUGCUAGUCCUGGACCCGUCAAAGAGACUGACGAUUGCUCAGAUUAAAGAGCAUAAGUGGAUGCUUGUAGAGGUGCCAGUUCAGAGGUCUCUUCUUUACCCCCAAGGACAGGAGAACGAUCCUUCCAUCGGAGAAUACAAUGAGCAGGUUUUGCGACUGAUGCACAGUCUAGGAAUAGACCAGCAGAAAACGAUUGAGUCCCUGCAGAACAAGAGCUACAACCACUUCGCUGCUAUCUAUUACUUGCUCAUCGAGAGACUCAAGGCGCAUCGCAGCAGCUUCCCUGUGGAGCAGCGGCUCGAUUCCCGCCAGCGACGGCCGAGCACCAUUGCGGAGCAAACGGUCACCAAGGCCCCGGCUGCAGUGGCCCCGGUGAACCUCCGCCCCCCGAAUGUCAGGCUGCUGAGGUCUCCUGGCCUCCCCGCUGCUUCUGCUGCAGAAGCCUUUGCCUUUUCCUCUUCCGCCUGCCAGGCAGAAUCUGCUUUCAUGGAGGAAGAGAGGAUUGACACGCCGAAGGUGAACGGCUGCCUGCUGGAUCCCGUCCCCCCACCGGUGAUGGUCAGGAAAGGGUGCCAGUCGCUGCCCAGCAGCAUGAUGGAAACCUCCAUUGAUGAAGGCAUCGAGACGGAAGGAGAGUCCGAGGAGGAUCCUGCCCAAGCCUUUGCGGCCCUGCAGGCCACUCGGUGUGGGAAGAGGCGCCACACCCUGUCGGAAGUCACCAACCAACUGGUGGUCAUGCCUGGCACAGGGAAAGUCUAUUCCAUGAACAACGAGAACCAGUCCUUGAGCAGCGUCGACUCUGAAUACGACAUGGGGUCCCUCCAGCAGGAUCUUAACUUCCUGGAAGACACCCCCUCCCUGAAGGAAAUGGUACUGGCCAACCAGCCAGCUCCUCGGAUGACCCCUCCGUUCAUCGGUCUGAGGCCUGCCAAUCUGGCCAUGCAGGCUCUGGCCUCGCACAAGCGAGAGGCCCACAACCGCUCCCCCGUCAGCUUCCGGGAGGGGCGCAGGGCAUCGGACACGUCCCUCACACAAGGGAUUGUAGCAUUUCGACAGCACCUUCAGAAUCUGGCCCGAACCAAAGGGAUCCUGGAGCUGAACAAAGUCCAGCUGAUGUAUGAGCAGAUGAGGUCGGAAGACGAGCCUGCCCUGACCGCCACGUCUCCUCACCUGCAAGCUCUUGGGAGUGGCCCUCAGGAGGAGACCUCCCAGCAGCCGGAAGCUGCCUCUGCUUUUCCAAACAGCAUGCACCCCCAGUUGCUCUCCAGGAGGCAGAGUUUAGAGACGCAGUAUUUUCAGCACAGACUCCAGAAGUCCAGCCUGCUUUCAAAAGCCCAGAAUGCCUGCCAGGUAUUUUGCAAGGAGUUGCCUCGGAGCCUGGAACAGCAGCUGCAGGAGCACAGGCUGCACCAGAAGCGGCUGUUUCUCCAGAAGCAAUCCCAGCUUCAGGCGUACUUCAACCAGAUGCAAAUCGCGGAGAGCACCUACCCCAGGCCAAGCCAGCUGCCCCUCGCCUGCCAUGAGGAUCGGCAGCCACCGCCACCCCCUUCCCAGUUCAGCCUGGUGCAGCCCCUAAGCCCUGUCAUGGAGCCUUCUGCGGAACAAAUGCAAUUCGACCCCUUCCUUGGCCAGUAUCAGAAGCUGCACCUGGACCAGCCGUCCUCCACGCCCAUCCACAGCGCUUCUCGGUUGCCGGCACAGAUUCCCAUGCUGCAGCCGCAGCAGCCGCAGCAGCAGUAUCCCUACCAGACUUGUGACUUGCCGGUGGGUGUCCCCUCUGAACCAGACUAUGGCAGGCAGCAUCCAUACCCCCUGGACCCAGCUCAGCAGAGCAGUGUAGCAGUGACCGACUCGCGGAGGAGUACGGAGUCUCCAGGGUCCCAGUCCAGCUACGAGGCGCUGGGCCUCGGGGAGUUGCCCGGGCUCUUUGACUGCGAAAUGAUGGAGGCUGUUGAUCCCCAGCACAGCGGCUACGUCUUGGUGAACUAGCAGAUUUGGGCGUGUUCUGGGUGGAAGGUGGGUUGGUUGAAGCAAAGAGUCGAAAUGCAUGUGGACUUCUGUUGACGUUCCAUCCCUCCAGUUCAUGGCUUCUUCUCCAACCCUUGGCCCUAACAGGUGAAUGUACAAACCCUUGCAAUUGGUACUAGCGGGGGGAACAGCUGAGUGUCACCCGGCGAGAAAGCUUGGUGGCGGGAGCUCGAGGUGGGUACUGCACUUGCCUUGGGGAAAGGAACCGCGUUGAGGGGGAAGAGGCAGCAGCAUGCACUUCAAGGAAGGAAGGAAGGGUGGGCCUGCCAACCGGCUUGGUAUUCUGCUAACCGUGCAACCCGACAGAGGAAACCCAGUAGACGUCGGGAAGGAGAGCAAAUAUGGGAUGCACCAUACUUCUUGGCAAUAAAAGCAAUACACGUUUCAUUGGAGCUCGGAAAAGACUUGGGUUUACUUUUCAGGCCAAUCAGGAACAUAGAAAGCCAGGGGCGUCGGAAGGCCGGACUCUGAGCUGCUGCAGCAGCAGAACUGGACUGCAGCCAAUCCUCGGAGGGUGCACUCUUCCCUUUGGGCCGUCAACUCUUGCCAGGAAAUUCCUAAUCUGUAUGCACCAUGGCAGGCUUCUGGAUUUUUGACGCAGGGGUCCAUAGAUCCAUGUCAAAAGAAACCUGGAGUGCCCACCCAGGCUUUCCACAGAACUCUUUGUGUGUUGGGAGGUUCUCUGAAGAUCAGUUGGCAGAGAAUCGGGGGGGGGGGGAGAUGUGGAGGGCCGAGGGGAGGCUGCAUGCGGUUUUCUCUGGCGGAAGUCUGAGCAGAGCUCUGUUCGCUGGAGAAGUUGUUAUAAGCUGGCAUGGGUUGCUCUUCUCUUGGAAGGAGGCAGCCAGAUGGGGAAUUGGUGGGGUGCUGGUGAUUUCUUAGGCUUUGUACAUUUGGACAGUUAUUUAGGGAUUUAGGAUUUAAGGACAAAACAAAAUGAACUUAUUGGAAAACCCAUGUGAAGUGAUAGUGCUGUGCCUUUUUUUUUUUUUUUUUUUUUUUGAGACUCUGCUUCUCUCUUUCUUUUUUCUGAAGUAGAAAAAAAUGCCCCAUUUAUAUCCAUGCUGACGCCAAAGUCCCUUCAGAGCCCAGAUUCCACCAUGUGGAAUGCAGGUUUCAAGUUUCCUUAAGUGUUUCUCACUUACUCAUCUAUAUAUCUGAAAUGUUUGGGGUGGGAGUGGGGGAGUAUUAACAGCAAUAUUUAGGAUCAAGAACUGUUGACUUGUUAAUCAUUUCAGUUAAUAUCUGCUCUGCCAAGCAUUCAGCAUAGACCUUCGUGGACAUGCCGGGUUUCUAGUCCAUAGGAAGAAUGCUGAGGCUGUCUCAGAUUUGUCACAGGCUUGUUAGAGAAAAGAAAUGCUUGGAGCAUCCUGGUGGGAGCAGAUACAACCACCUUUAAGCACAACGUGUCCUUGGUUAAGCACAAAGAAUGGCAGGCUAGCCAAGUCGAUCUGACGCAGGGGAAGCUGGCGCCUCCCGUUCUCGGGGAGGUGACCCGCCUGUGUCUUGGCUGGACCACUUCAAGCGUCAGGUGAGGGCUCGCAUGACUGAAUCCUUCUCCAUGCCAGAAAGAGGGGGAAAAUCUGCUGCACAAAGCAAGCUGGGUGUUGAGGAGAGGAGCAUUCCAGAGCAGCCGUCUCCGUGACCCCCUGGCUGGAGGCAGUCUGGGCAGAGGAGCCAUUCGCCGUCUGAGCUCCCCUGUCCAGCCAGCAAUGGUGCAGCCCAGCCACCACUCCUCCGCCUCCACAGGAACUGGGCCGCUCUGGCUGGGGAGCUUUCCUUUCCCACCCUGGGUCAGUCUUGUGCCAUGUUCACCCCGCACAGCUCUGCUGGUUCCAACUGCCGCUCGGACUGGCUCCCGGCUCCUGUCGUUGCCCCGAUUCUCCGUAUUCUUAACCUCUGGGUGACGAGUGACGUGGAGACCGGCCUGCCGCCCUUGUGCCAGGCACUGGAUUGUGCAGAGGGGCCAGAGGAGGUUGUCUGGAACUGCUGUUUCCCAAAGGGAAACGUCUUGUGGGCUUCUGUCCUGGGGAUGAUCUUUAGUCUUGGCACCCGGAGUUUGGGGAUCCUUCUGGAUUUCCUUCCCCAGAAGGGCCGGAGUAAUAGCCCUACUACGACGCCUGCUUCUGAAGUGUAACUGCAGUGCUUUCCUCACAAGGAAACCUCCUCCUGCUGUACCCCUCUGUGCUUCAUCAUAUGGAGGGUGGGGUGUGGAAGGAGUUGCCCACGCUGAAAACCAGUUGCCUUAUUUCCUGGUAAGCAGGGCUGGGAGACCCUCCUAGCACUUGAGGCUUGCCCACCCACUUUGCAAAGCCCUUAGUCCGUUCAUUAGGGAGAGGGGGGAGCAUUGACUCAAGGCUGCCUCUCUUCUCUCCUUGGCUGCCUGGAGGGAGGGGGCUGCUGUAGCUCGGGGUCAGCGACAUCAGCUCCUCGAGUCAUUCCUGGCCCACCAAGGUGUUUCUCCCGUUGCAGCUGAAGUCUCAGCAGGGAGCCAGACACAACUUCUAGACCUCAUGCUGCCUACCUGAAGUCUAAGCUCCUUCCUGUAGCAUCUUGUGUGUGUUUUUUGGUGGGGGGGUCACUGUGUGAUCGCUGACUGCCCCUGGCGUAAUGCACAAGGGAGACUGUGGUAGGCGCUUGCAGGCAGAGUUUGUGGUUCUUGCUGAGGACGGGGGUAGAGCGAUUCCCUGCCUCAGCUGGACUUGGUAGAACGACCCUGAUGGUGCGUCCAGAGCACAAAUUAUAGCCGACCUGAGGAGGUGGCUACAGCUCAGUAUUCAGGUGCAGAAAGCUAAUAAAUUCCAUUUCUCCUGGCAGCGGCUGUGUACCUCAGCUUAAGGGGACGGAAGUUCUGAAUUCAAAGCUAGAUCAGACAUUUCUCUUCCUCUGCGCAAUGGCCUGUGUUUCUGAACAUAUGGUGUCGUUUCCCUUACAGUAGUAACAGAGAGAGCUGUGUUUCCCUAAAACACACUUGCAUACCACCACCACCACCACCCCGCCCCGGUAUUACGGCUCUUUUGAAGCUUCUGUCGAGUCUGCUGUGUCUGUUGAGGAUUUGUGUGAUGCUACUGUAGAGCAACUACUAGCUUUAUUAGUUUUAAUACAGGCUCCCUUGAAGCGACUUUGGUGAGAGGUGUACAUGGGGUUAAAAACAUUUUUCAUAUGGAGACAAGUGCAAUAUGUGUGGUACGUUCUUUAAUGUAUUUUUUUAACGAGAGUUAAAACAAGGGUUUAGUCUUCGCUCUGGGAGAAAUGCACUAGUUUUUGUGAGCACCGGUUACAGUCUUUGCAGUUGAUAUGCUGGACUCUGUAAAAGCAAUUACAGUGUAUUAUUGAUGCAAAAUAAAGAACAUGGACCUUCCGUUUUUAAAACUU